UCUUUUAAGUCGUUGACCUCUCUCUCAAUCUUCCAAAUAUAGACAAUGCAGUGAUGAUGUCGGAGACUCACAGCGUUGAAUCUAGCGGCGAAGGCGGAGGAGAGAUUAAUGUUUCGGAUUGGUCGCCUUUCGACACCUUGACGGAGGAUUGCAUCUCCAACAUAGUCUCCUUCACAAGUCCACGAGAUGCGUGCGUCUUCACCUCGGUUUCAAAAACCUUUAAAUCUGCGGUUAAGUCAGAUAUCAUAUGGGAGAAGUUUCUGCCCCUAGAGUAUCCAUCUAUGAUUCCUCCAUCGCUAGCUUCCUCGUCCAAGAUGGAGAUCUAUUUUUACUUAUGCAACGAUCCUGUUCUAAUCGAAGAUGGCAAAAAGUGCGUCUGGUUAGAGAACACAAGUGGGAAGAGGUGUAUCAUGUUAUCUGCAGAGAGCCUAUAUAUCAAAUGGAUAAAUGAUACUCAUUGUUGGGAUUGGAUUACUAGUCCUGGAUCUAGAUUUGAAAGAGUUGCAAAGGUUAAUGAUGUAUGUUGGUUUGAGAUUCGUGGCACGAUCAAUACUCAUGAACUAUCUCCAAGAACUCAUUACUCAUCUUACAUUGUGUUUAAAGAGGGUUUUACGGAUCUGCCAAUAGAAGCUAGAGUUGGAGUGGUUGGAAAACAAGCUUCUAAGAGAUUCUUUUGCUUUGAUGUGAGCACGGAUGGGCAGUUCUUAAAGAGGGGGAGGCGGACGUGGUACUUUGAGAAACCAAAGGAGAGGGAAGAUGGUUGGAGGGAGAUAGAGCUCGGGAGAUUCUUCAAUAAACGAGGAUUGAUGAAUAGUGAUGAAUUUGAGAUGAGUGCUAUUGCGACUGAGUUGCGCCAUUGGAAGAGUGGUUUCAUCCUUCAAGGAAUUGAAAUCCGUCCUGCGACAAUCCAAAGGCCGAGAACAGUCGGUUGAAUACAACCGGAUCAUAUUUGGCAAUAUUGACAGUUGAUUAAGCGAUUGAGUGAAGAGAUAAAAAGAGUGUGUUUUUUUUUUUUUGAAACACAAAAAGAGUGUGUUGAAUUGUGUUUGUUAUAACGUAUAAUGAUUGGUUGAGUAAGAGUUAAGGUGGUGAGAACAACAAGUUUGCUGAAUGUUAAACUCCAACUUUGCUCAUUACAGUGGAGGAUGUGGGUAACCAGGGUGUUUCCUGGGGUGAAAGAGCGGUUUGAUGUUUCAGAUUAGGCUUUCGUUUGAGUCUAAAUGUCUAACCAAUUUAAAAAAAAAAAAACUGUUUUGUCAUUUGUUGAUUGUGGAAUGUUUUCGAAUUUGAUUUUUUUUUUUAAAUCUUAAUGUUGAUCCUUGCUAGUUAUUAUAUGUAAACCGGUUUUCUGCAAUAGGAGAACAGUCCGAUGAUUCCGGUUAUGCUUUGGUAUUUGUCUUAUAUCUACGUAAAUUAAAAACGUUGUUAUAUAUAUUGGGAAACAAUCUUAUAUCAUGAAGGGGUGCUCAAUCCGGAUAUCGGUUCGGUUUAGGUUCGUUUUUUUCCGUUUUUGGUAUUUCGGUUAGUAAAAUAUAACUAUCAUUCUAAAUCUAUAUUUACUUCGGUUCGGUUCGGUUUAUAUACCGU